CUGACCAUGGCUGUAAACUAACACAGGUUCAGAACAACAGCACAUCUUUUCUUUGGCUCCCACUGCAAAGUUUUCCAGGGAAGCGACAGGCCGGCCGGCUCCAGCUGGACUCUGACAGGAAUGUGCUUUUGCUCUUUUCACUCUCCUCUCUGCUUAACUGCCCAGUUAACAGAAGUCAUUGGUCUGACCCUGUAGGAGGCUGUUUUCAGAUGUAUGAGUCAGUGGUCAAAGACAGAAGAGGGGGGGGGAAAUAUGAGCACAGAGGCACCCUGCCGUCACCGCACCCCAUGCCUUCAGCUCCCAUGCAAAGACACAAGUAGAGAGAAAGUGUUCCUACUAUUAAACAAGCUGCCCAUUUCCCUUUCCCCACAUCUGUUUCUCAUGCGGGUGGCAGGAUAUAACCUGUAAAAUAACAUCACUGAGGGGGGAGGUAAUAACCCUGUACCACAAAUCUUGAAUCAGCACAUUUGAGCUGCUUGUCAGAAAUAUAUCCAGACUUUUAUCACCAACUCGUUUACAAAUCUGACCUGUUAUUUACAAGGGAUGUUGUCAUGGGAGUUUACGAGAAAAAGUGGGAGUGACUGAUGGAGGUGGCAAGAGGGAGGCAGUCAGGGAGAAGUUUGACAACUGAGAGGAAGGAGCAGAUGUUGAGAACUCUUGGUAGAAAGGAGGACAUGAGAGGGGAAAUAGCAGACUCUGUGGAAAAAUAAAGCAUAUGAAAGAGAGAGGCUGUUGCUGACGGAGUGGGAAUAAUCAAAGUCAGACGACAUGAUGUGGACAACAACUGUCCUCCUGCUGCUUGUGCCUCAUCUGCUUUCCUCCACAGAGACGGGAAACAGUGCCAAUUUUAACGAAUCAGACAUAGUCGAUGAAGACUUCUCUGAUGCUCCUGUGAAAGGCCAGAAAGUUGCUGGAGGGGUCAAAGGUCGGGACACGUGCUCCAUCCCGUGUGACAUCACUGUCAAGCUGCUACGAGAUGAGAAACAUUCGAUCUGUGGCCAGUUACAGCAGACUCUGUUGGCGUUUGGACGCAGCACCCGGAAGCUGAUCAGAGACGUGAUGGAGGAGCAGCAGAGGGCUCUGGACAUCCUCAGCAGUCAGGUCACAGAGCUGACGACCAAAGUGCAGACGCUCAACUCUGAGGUUCAGAGAAGCAACACGGAGAUGUACUCCAUCAAACCUGUGCAAUCCCACGGACGGGACUGCAGUGACAUCAAGGACAAUCUUAUGUCAGUUGUGCCCAAGAUCCCGAGCGGUAUUUACAUCGUCCACCCGGAGAAUACAGACUCUUCUUUUGAGGUUUUCUGUGAGAUGGACUACAUGGGGGGCGGAUGGACGGUGAUGCAGCGGAGGACUGAUGGAUUAACGGACUUCAAACGACCCUGGGCGGAUUAUGCUGAUGGCUUUGGACAUCUUGCAGGGGAACACUGGUUGGGUCUGAAGAAGGUGUUUCAUAUAGUAAACCAGAAAGAGACCCGCUUCCAGCUUCACGUCGCUUUGGUGUCGCAGGAUGACGUCACCUCUUAUGCUUCAUAUGAUGAUUUCCACCUGGACAGUGAAACACAGUUUUUCUGUAUACACCUGGGCAGAUAUUCGGGAAGCGCAGGUGAUGCGUUUCGCGGCUACGACCAGGAUGAGAACCAGGACACGGCUCCUUUCAGCGCCUCGGACGUGGACAACGACGGCUGUAAUCCCUCCUGCUCCUUCGAUAACCGCACGGUGGAGAGCUGCAGCGCUCAGCACAACAACACAGGAUGGUGGUUCAACCAGUGCGGCCUGGCCAACCUCAACGGCUCCCCUGAGGACGCUGAGCAGAGCCAGAGGACGCACAUCCUGUGGGACACCUGGAGGCAGAGCGGAGUCCAUCACACCAUCAAAUCUGUCACCAUGAAGAUCAGGAGGAUUGCAACCAAUAAUUAACAGAGAAGAGGAGAAACACAGGAGGAAAGGACGUUAUUGUAAAAGUCAUCUUCAUACAAAUUGAUGUUUUUAUUAAAUCGGAAUGGAAGAAGGAAA